ACGUGUUUUUUCUUUCUUAUUAUUGUUAUUAUUAUUUGAUCAUGACCUUUUGGGUAAAAACCAAUCCAAAGUAAAGAAUCUCUGUUUGUGUAUGAUAAUAUUAAGGAGAAGAGAACCCGUGUUAGUUCUUAGUUCCUUGUGUUGUUUGUUCCUUACUUGCAUAACACUCACAGUGAAAAUUCUUAAACUGAAUUAUGUUGGGAUUGAAUUUUUGAAGUCUGGCCUUUGUUAGCCAUUUGUUUUUCCUGUUGUUUUCUUUUUUCUUUUCUUUUUUAGACACUGGGACUUGUUCUUUUUUAUUCAUUAGUAAAGUUUACUUAUAAAAAAAAAAUUGUGAUUUGGGUUCCAUUUCAUUGAGGCAUAGUAGUUUGUAUUGUAAAUUUGUUGGGUUCUUCAAAGUUUUAAUCUUUAGAAUGUGUUUAGCAAUUGAAGUGUUUGUGGAAAAUUCAGAUGUUUGAGUUUCCACCGUAAUCUCAUUGAACCCUUAGCAUAGCAGGCACAUGCUUCUUGUUUUUUUUUUUUUUUUUUUUUUUUUCUUUUGGAAUCUUGAUUACAUUUUUGUUUUUCUUUCAUAAAACUUGUUUCCCCAUUUUAUAGUUUCAAGUCAUCAAAUUUUAAGAAUAACCUUUUUUGGUUUUUAAAAUUUUCACCAUCAUUUAUCUGUGCACUUGGUAUUGAAUUCAAUUUUCACCCAACAUUUGGCUCUGGGAAUUAAACUACAAAAUAUGAUAAAAAGUGAAGCAAGUAGAAGUAAUAUCUUUAGAUUCUUAACAGGAUCUUCAACCCAUACUUGGGAGCCUGUCAUGACUAGUACUGAUACAAACACUCCAAGUUAUUGGUUGAACUGGAGGUUUUUCCUCUGUGCACUAUGGGUCUUAGCCUCGAUGGUUUUGGCAUCAUUUCUAAUAUGGAAAUAUGAAGGUUUCAACAAGUCCAGACCAGAGAGGAGAGAAAAUCAGCAAGAAAAAUCAGGGACUUUGUACGAGGAUGAAGCCUGGAAGACAUGUCUUAAAGGAAUCCAUCCUGCCUGGCUGCUUGUUUACAGAAUGAUAGCAUUGAUUGUGCUUUUGGCAUUGCUCAUCGCAGAUGUUGCUGACGCUGGAGGUGGCAUUUUUUUCUUUUACACUCAGUGGACAUUUACUUUGGUCACGAUCUAUUUUGCGCUUGGAUCUUUAUUCUCCAUUUAUGGAUUGUUCAAGCACAGUAGAGUUGGAGGCGAUGAGGUUGAUCAUGCAAGUUCAGAUGCAGAGCAAGGAACAUAUUUAGCUCCCACAAUAGGACAGAGUGCAGAUAUGGCCAAUAUGUCCAAGAGUCCAGAUACCCAUGAAGCACCUCAUUCUCGCCAGACUGCAGGUGUAUGGGGUUAUAUCUUUCAAAUCAUUUUUCAGAUGUGUGCAGGUGCUGUGACGCUCACCGACUGCGUAUUUUGGCUCAUUCUUUAUCCUUUUCUUAUGUCCAACGAGUAUAAACUGGAUUUUUUGCUUGCUAGUAUGCACUCAUUCAAUGCUGUUUUCCUGCUUGGUGAAACAAUGUUAAAUUGUGUGCGAUUUCCGAAGUUUCGGAUUGCAUAUUUUGUGUUGUGGACAGCUAUAUUUGUCAUUUUCCAAUGGGUCAUCCAUGCAUGUAUUUCUAUAUGGUGGCCAUAUCCAUUUCUUGAUUUGUCAUCUCCAUAUGCUCCCUUAUGGUACUUCGCAGUGGGGUUGAUGCAUCUUCCAUGCUAUUUCAUCUUUGCUUUAAUCCUUAGGUUGAAGCGCAUAUGGUUGUCAAGAUCAUUUCCAAAUUCGUAUCAGAUUAUUAGUUGAGGAAACAGAAGCCUAAUGCUGCCCUCGACCAUGUUAAUUACAAGGGUCUGAGCGUAAAACAAGGGUCCACACCAUUUCAUAUGAAAGACUAGUUCAGUAUUCAUCUUCUAAGAGAGUUGCUGCUAGUGUCAUUAUUUUUUACAUCGAGCAGCAAUGGAAGGAUGUAAAAAUUGUUGAUAAGCUGGUGAUCAUUAUUUUUCCCAGGAUACAAAUCAGACAAGCAUGUUUUUGUGUCCACCAGAGGGGGUAUAUGUCCUAAAUAUUUAUGUGCUUGGAUAAAUUGCCAAACAUUGUUAAUUGUUUCUCAAUUCAAUUCUACUUCAUUUUUGACCUGCCAAGCACUCAUGAAUUAUUUAAUGGGGGAUUUGUAAAUGAGUUCAACUAAGUUAUCAUCAGCCAUAUGGUUUGGUUACCUCAGGAUUGCUAUAUUUGUUAUAUCUAUCUCCAUUGCCAAAUUCGAAGUC